GGCACCUGUUAGAGAAAGUUCUGCCAGCUCUGGCACCAUAGGAAAUCUCCCCCAGCUGUGGCACUUCCUCUCACCCUCCUAGGCCUGGCAAGGUGGUGAGGAUGGUGCACUGGGGGCCCAAGACACCUGCCUAGGGUGGACACCCAAGGCCAGACUGGCAGAACUGCCCUCCAGUCAGUGCCCCACACCGGGGUGGGGUUGGCAGAAAGGCGCGGGAAGCACUUUGUAGAAAGAGGAACCAGGCAGGGUGAGGAGAAGGGGGCCCCAGGUCACGAGGCCCCAGCGGGGCCGGAAAGGGCUCUCCACCCUCAUGAGUACAGACACAGCAAGGGGUAUUCAAAGCUGGAGGACAAACCCGAGUGACAUAGGGGCCACUGCAGCCCUACCUUGGUUCUCUUCUGUGUGCAUCUGGGCACCUCGGGCCCAGGGGUGUGCACUAGGGCCAGGAUCCUCUAGUGCCUGGGGGACGGAAGGUAAGGCCCUGAGGGGUGACAGACCGUCCAGCAUGUGCCAGCGGGGGGCGGGGCCAUGAGGCCCGCGCGCGCUCGGAGAUCCCCGCCUGCCCGCCUGCCGGUUUCCUCCGGGGUCAGCCCGGCUCCUUAUCAGGCGCGGCCAGGCCCUUAUCUGCACUAGCCCAGCAUCCUCUGGCCACUGCGCCAGGGGUGAGAGGGAGGAAACCAGGCCGCCAGGGGCGGGGAGAGGGCGGGCGGCCCAGAGCUGCACACUUUCCCUGGAGGGACCUACGCUGUUGCCGCCGCGGUGGCCCUUGGGAGCCGAAGAAGAGAGGCGGCCCCAUGCCACGGCCCAGACAAGGCGGCCAGCUGCCAGCGGUAAGGAGCGCAGAGGCCGGAGCGGGGUGGCAGCGCCUGCCUGAAGCCGUAACCGCAUCCUGGCCCUGAAGGACCGAAUCAGGGCCCAUCAGCAGGCAGCCGGACCAGUGCUGGGGCUCCAGGUGAGCUCCUCCUUGGGGUCCAUGUGCCCACCCGAGGCCCAGGCAGAGGUGGGCCCCACCAUGACGGAGAAGGCCAAGAUGGUGUGUGCCCCCAGCCCAGUGCCUGCCCCACCCCAGCCUGCCUCACCGGGGCCCCCAAAGGCAGAGGAGGUGGGCCACAGAGGCUCCUCACCACCCAGGCUGCCCCCUGGUGUGCCAGUGAUCAGCCUGGGCCACACCAGGCCCCCAGGGGCAGCCAUGGCCAGCACGGAACUAAGUGCCCUCCGUCCCCCGCUGCUGCAACUCUCCACCCUGGGAACUACCCCGCCCCCGCUGGCCCUGCAUUACCACCCUCACCCCUUCCUCAACAGCCUCUACAUUGGGCCAGCAGGACCUUUCAGCAUCUUUCCUAGCAGCCGUUUGAAGCGGAGACCAAGCCACUGUGAGCUGGAGCUGGCCGAGGGGCACCAACCCCACAAGGUGGCCCGGCGCGUGUUCACCAACAGCCGGGAGCGCUGGCGGCAGCAGAACGUGAACGGUGCUUUCGCCGAGCUCAGGAAGCUGCUGCCAACGCACCCGCCCGACCGGAAGCUGAGCAAGAACGAGGUGCUCCGCCUUGCCAUGAAAUACAUUGGCUUCCUGGUGCGGCUGCUACGCGACCAGGCGGCAGCUCUGGCCGCAGGCUCCGCCUCGCCGGGGCCCCGCAAACGGCCCGCGCACCGAGGGCUGGACGACGGUGCCCGCCGCGGGCUGUGUCACGGGGCCGAGGUGGUGGCGCGCCCGCAGCCUGCGCCGGUAGCCGGCCCCGACGGCAGCCCCGGUGGUGCUGCCCGGCCCAUCAAGACAGAGCAAGCGGCUGUGAGCCCGGAGGUUCGGUGAUCUCCACGGUGUUGCCUCUGAGCCGAGAGGCACAGGGAACUAAGCCCAGGGGCGUCCAGGAAAGGGCGGGCGAUGCGCAACACCUGCUCUGGAGCGAACUCUCCCAAAGAGGGACAAUCGAGGACGUCCCCUUCAGGGGAAAGGGCCUGGGGGUCUGUAAGGGCGACGUCGCCCCCAGGGGCCCUGCAGACCCUUUUAUCACCCACCGCCCGCUAGAAGUCCGCGUCCCCCUCCCGGGGGCGAGGUCCGGGAACGAACAUAUCAGAGCUGUCAUCGGACCCAAGCGGUGCCUCAUUUUUCCGCUCUGUGGUGGUCACCGAAUGAAGUGGGGAGAGGCCGGAGAACCUUCUUUCUCCCCUGCGCCCCCUCAUGGAGAUUCAGAGAUAACUCGCUCCUCGACGGUGUCCGCGGCCUGCCUGGCUGGAAAAAGAGGCGCAGAAUCCACGCGGUGGCCCCAACCCACCGAUCCCAAACAAGUCCCGCACGAUCGCGUUAGCGAAGGCUCAAGCGCUCUUGCUUUUGUUUUUCUUUAUUUCUUUAUUUCACAUACACAUUAGCCAUUCAAUGGAGAAGCCGGAGAGAGUCAGGCAAAGAUGGUAUAACAGAAGCGCAGUGACGGGGGCGGGGUUGGGUGGGGCAGGGCGGAGAGGGAACAAACGGGCUGGCUGCCUACUUGCAUUCCGCUAGGACACUGAAAACCCAGAAAACAAAACAGACAGUAAACUACCCUUGUUUCUUAUGUAUCUCAGUGCAGAGACGGGGGUGGAGGGCAGAGAGAGGGGGAGACCAGGCUGAAGGAAGAGGAGCGGAGGGACAGGGGACGCUAAGGGGGAAGCACACCAAAUCCAUUAGUACUAUAUAUAGAGAUACUCGUAUAUACUGCGUUUCUUAGCCUAAGAAGAAACUUGUUUGACGGGACGGGCGGCCUUUGCGGUCCGCGAUGCUGGUGCUGGUCGGGCGCACGGAUCUCCCGGGGCCGAAGCGGAGCUGGCCCAGGCUGGCUUGCGGGGGGAGGGGGGCGCCCCAAGGGUGGGUGGGGGGAGCAGAGGCGGGGCUGGGGUGCCCCUCGGGCUCUCGAUUGGGGGACAAUAGUUCUCGUGACUUUAUUGCUCCUUUAUUUUCUCUCGUGUAGGGGGGUCCGUUCAGCACGGUCGGGGUGGGGAAAUGGUGGGUCGUCUGAGCCACCCGGCCCCUCUGGGACCCAGAGCGCGGCGUCCGCUCCGCCAGCACGGGGGUGAGAACAAGGCACUAGGUCGGCCGGCCAGCGCGGGGGCGGGUGUGUAAGGCAGUCGACGGGGUUGGUUGCAGGGUAGGAUGGGGCUGUGUGCGGGGCCGUGUGCGUGCGUGCGUGCGUGCGCGGGCCUGGGCUAAUCGAUCUGUCAGCUUGGCUGGUCCUGUCCUGGAGCGUCGAGCCUUCCCCGUGCUCCCCGGAGGGUAACGGGGGUGGGGGUGGGAGGAGUGAUGUUGAGUCGCGGGCGUUGGGAAAAGGGGGUAGGAAACUACCAACUUGCUGAGCGCGCUCCUGAUAAUGCUGGUGAGGGUCAAGUUGGCGUCUGGCUCAAAGAAGGACGCUCGGGGCGGAGAGGGAGGGAGGGGGACGUUUGUUCGUUGGCAUUGACCUCUGCGGGGGAGGGGCUGGGGACCCGCCGCCGCGCCCCCGUGCCCGGACGCGGAUGGGGCGAGGAGGGAGCGCUGGGCCCCGGGGAGGGGGCGCCCGGGGAGACCCGCGGCCAGAGCAGCCCGCCGCCGGGCGCAUGCCGCUGUCCCGUUCCGUUAAACUCAACAAAGAAGGGAUAUGCGUGUUCCUAACAAGUGCAGGAUAUUUAAUUGAUUCAUAAACUUAUGUAUAAUAGUUUGUGGGUUUUUUAAAACGUACUUUAUAAUGUAAGAAGCACCAGGGUUUUUAUGUUGAAUUAUCUUUAAAGUAAUUUUCUCUCGUCCUUUUCCUUUUUGAUCUUGUGUUGAUUUUUUGUAAUGUCGAGGUGGUUGGUUUUUUUUUUUUAAUUCUAAAAUGUGAACGUUUCCUUCAGCCCUCCCACCGAAACCGAGAACGAACGACGAAACAAAUAAAAACCCCAGAUCAUCCUCGUCAACGCAGGAAGACGACUUAAAAAAAAAAAAAAAAAAAA